AUGCCUCAAAGACAGUUUGAUAUGAUCCAUGACCAUAUCGAUACUAUAGACUUCCACCUGCGGAUGCGGCAGCCGCUCCAGUACACCAACUUCAUGGCCAUCAACCACCCGAGCCCCGUGCCGCACACGCAGGCCGAGCGCGCCGCCCUGCUGGCCGCGACCGCGUUCCGGUUCAAGAAGUCGGUCGACGACGGCACCGUCGAGUUCCCCUCCAUCAUGGACACCCCCGUCUGCCGGGACCCGCUGCGCUGGCUCUUCAACACCUACCGCCGCCCCGGUGUCGGCAUGGACGAGAUGAGGAAGGGCGCCGGCGACUACUGCGUCGUCUUCCGCCGCGGCCGCCUUUUCGUGCCCCUGCAGGAGAAGAAGGAGGAGAGGGGAACUACGCCGGCGUCCCUCGACGCGCUGCGGGCCGCCAUGGAGGCCAUCCUGGACCAUGUCCAAGACGAGGGCACCUGGGCGGGCAUCUUGACGAGCAAUAAUCAAGACUCUUGGGCGAGAAUCCGCAACGAGCUGCUUGCGGCCAGCCCCGCCAACGCCGAGUACUUCCAGACCAUCGAGGACGCGGCCUUUGCGGUCCACCUGGACGACAGCAGCCCUGUCGGCUACGCGGAGCUGGCGAAGCAGUGCAAGCUGGGCGACGGCUUCAACCGCUGGCACGACAAGCCGCUCCAGUUCGUCGUCACGGCCAACGGCAACUCGGGCGUCAUCGUCGAGCACUCGUACCUCGACGGCACGACGCCUGAGCCACUGUUCGACCGGGCUGCCGAGAAACUCAUCCAAAGCGCGUGA